AUGCUCUCUUCUAUCAGGGAGCGAGCAGAGAAGUUCUUGAAUGAGAAGAACACGUUGACAGACUUUCUGGGGAAACUGGAGGAGAAGACUGGGAUAAAGAAGAAGCUCCUUGCAGCAGGUGCCGUCUCGCUGACUGGACUCUAUCUGAUGUACGGAUAUGGAGCCUCACUCGUCUGCAACCUGAUUGGUUUUGUCUAUCCAGCUUAUUUUUCAAUCAAAGCCAUCGAAAGUCCGAGCAAAGAAGACGACACAAAAUGGCUGACGUACUGGGUGGUGUACGGCGUCUUCAGCCUGGGGGAGUUCUUCUCCGAUAUUUUCCUCUACUGGUUUCCAUUCUACUACGCAUUUAAGUGUCUCUUCCUGUUGUGGUGCAUGGCCCCGAUGGCGUGGAACGGCUCCCAGGUCAUCUACGACCGGGUGGUGCGUCCCGUCUUCCUCCGCCACGAGGCCACGGUGGACAACAUGGUGAGCGACCUCAGCGGGAAGGCCAUGAACGCUGCUGAGAACCUCACCAGAGAAGUCCUGUCCUCUCUGGUGAAGAACAAAGCUCUGGUGACUCCGCUACCGCCGGUCACUCAGGCUGAAGCUAUAAGUUUACCGAGCUCAUCGAUGGAAACAUCAGCAGCUAGAAGAGCUACGUCACAGCCGAGUGAAGAACGACCCCCUUUCCUGGGUUAACAGCCCGGAUGAAGUCUGUGUUGACUGACGUUCUUCAUGUAGCAGCAGAGGAAGAGGAGGAGACUGAGUGAUGAAGAAUCAACGUCCUGAUGAAGAAAAACUCAUUUUAUAUCAAGUCACUGUGUUUAUGGAUCAGACUCAAAACACCUGCAAAUGUGAACAUCACCGUGUGUGUGUGUGUUUGUGUGUGUUGCCUGUGCGUGCGUGUGUGUGUGUGAGAGUGACUGAGGUUAUUACUUCUGUUAUUUAUUAUUUGAUCAAAACACAAACAUGAGAUAAUGAUCGACUGAUGUAUAAGAAAUAAAAUCCUUCAUCACAUUAAAA